GAAAAGGCCACCAUGACUCUACUGGUGAAUUACUGGACGUCUUUGGUUGCUGUGUCACUGACAGCAUCCACGAGCCAUGCUCUGAGAAGAAUUGCACUGAAGAAGAUGCCAAGCAUCAGAGAGACUCUGCAGGGGAUGGGAGUGUCUGCAGAGCAUGUGUUAAGCCAGUUAGCUCAGAUGAAACCAGCUGACAACAACAACGGGACUGCUCCUACUCCUCUAACCAACUAUUUGGAUACUCAGUACUUUGGAGAAAUCAGCAUUGGCUCUCCGGCCCAGAUGUUCAAUGUGGUGUUCGACACUGGUUCGGCUAACCUGUGGGUGCCCUCCCAAAGCUGCUCACCCUUUUCCACUGCCUGUUUUACUCACAACAGGUACGAUGCAUCCCAUUCUCGCACUUACGUUGAGAAUGGCACAGGGUUUUCCAUCCGGUAUGCCUCUGGAAAUGUCAGGGGAUUUCUCAGUGAGGAUGUGGUGGUGGUUGGUGGGAUUCCUGUGGUGCAAGUAUUUGCAGAAGCCACCUCCUUGUCUGCCAUGCCUUUCAUCUUUGCCAAAUUUGAUGGAGUUCUUGGGAUGGGUUACCCUGAUGUGGCCAUUGAUGGUAUCACUCCGGUGUUUGACCGCAUCAUGUCUCAGCAUGUCCUCAAGGAAGAAGUGUUUUCUGUCUAUUACAGCAGGGAUCCAAAACACUCUCCUGGUGGAGAGCUUGUUCUUGGAGGAACUGACCCAAACUACUACACUGGGAACUUCAACUACGUCAAAACAAAAGACACAGGAAAGUGGGAGGUUAUAAUGAAAGGGGUUUCUGUGGGCACACAUACCAUGUUUUGUGCAGAGGGCUGCACCGCUGUGAUCGACACAGGCUCUUCCUACAUCACAGGGCCGGCUUCUUCUGUGUCCGUGCUGAUGGAAACCAUCGGGGCGGAGUUGGAUGAAAGUGGGUACAAAGUCAACUGUGACACAGUGAAGUUGUUGCCGAGUGUUACCUUCCACCUGGGGGGCCAGGAGUACUCACUUACACAUGAGGAUUACAUCUUAUGGCAGUCUCACAUUGAAGGGGAUGUCUGCUCAGUCACUUUCAGGGGUUUGGAUGUGCCCCCACCCACAGGGCCCCUUUGGAUCCUUGGAGCCAAUUUCAUCGCCCGAUACUACACAGAGUUUGAUCGCAAGCACAACAGGAUAGGAUUUGCCACAGCGGUCUGACAGGAAGUGAAACAUUUCUAAUGCUUUGCUGUGAUCCUGCUUUACAAUUGUUGCUGCUAUCUGAUUAUUUCUUGCUAUUCUCAGCUCACUUUUCUGCUUUGUUGAGAUAUUAUUUCAGGUUUUUAAAAAGAAAAUUGUGACAAAUAUGAUGUCCUUAACAUUUAUUUUCUAUUAUUUAGCAAGUUGCAUAAAUAUCUGCUGUUUUAUUUUCUACACCUCAGUCUGAAAACAUGUUUAUCUGUUAGAACUGCUUUGCAUAUGAAACAACAGAAUUUGAAAUCAUGAUCAAUAUCAGCUAUGAAACGAUGUAAUAAGAAAGAAUAAAGCUUUUGACUUUCAUUUACAUUUUGAUUGUCCAACUCUACAAAAUGUGUUCACUUCUGAGGGUGGAAACAACAGAUUUCAUAAGUUAUGUCAUAACAGUCAGAGAAAAAUCUUGCCUCCCUUUCCAGUUACGUGUCUGACUGUGGUUAAGUAAGACAAACUUUUUUUUUUUUGCUUUCUUUGACUUUGCAAAGUUUUCCAUCGGGGCAGAUUCAUUCCUCCCUUUGAACUCGCUGAAAACUGUUUUGACAUUAGAGUAAAAUAACAUUAGGAAACAGAGAGGAUGCAGCGAUGCUCCACAGGUUCAUGUGCUAUAAUUUUCUGGAAUAAUAACAAGUCUCAGAGUUCCCAUGGCGAGACAAAGGGCCCAAGACGCAACUGGUUUUUAAAUCCCAAAGCUUUUUACUGGUACUGAUACUCAUUGUGAUUUUUUCACAAUUUUUAAAUCAAACACAAACUCAUCAAAAUAAAAAUAACCAGAAAAAAAAGAAGUGUUUUUUCAGGUUAAAUCAAGAGGGGCUGUUACAGCUGUUUCUGCUUACCAAGCAAACAGAGUACACUCUAAGACAAUAUAACAACAAAAGUAGACAAAUUCAUCAGAUACUCUUGUCAGAUCUUUUUGUCUCAUUUUCUCUAAACUGCUCAGGAAGUCAUCCC